ACAGAAAUAAGAGAUAACCUUCCUUGUGCGUUUAUUUUGAUUUAUUAAUUAAUAUAUUGAAAUUAAUUAUUAAUAAGAACUAAAACUCUAAGCAACAAUGCCGCGAAUAAUGAUAAAAGGUGGCGUUUGGCGAAACACGGAGGAUGAAAUCCUCAAAGCGGCGGUAAUGAAAUAUGGCAAAAACCAAUGGUCACGUAUAGCUUCUUUACUUCAUCGUAAAUCUGCUAAGCAAUGCAAGGCACGUUGGUUCGAAUGGCUCGAUCCCAGUAUAAAGAAAACCGAAUGGUCACGAGAGGAAGAUGAGAAACUUUUGCAUUUAGCAAAACUCAUGCCCACUCAGUGGCGUACCAUCGCACCUAUUAUUGGACGUACUGCUGCGCAAUGUUUGGAACGAUAUGAGUAUUUACUUGAUCAAGCACAGAAGAAAGAAGAAGGUGAGGAUGCAACAGAUGAUCCCAGAAAGCUUAAACCUGGUGAGAUUGAUCCUAAUCCAGAAACAAAACCUGCACGACCCGAUCCAAAGGAUAUGGAUGAAGAUGAAUUGGAGAUGCUAUCCGAAGCUAGAGCUAGAUUAGCCAAUACACAAGGUAAAAAAGCCAAGCGCAAGGCGCGAGAAAAACAAUUAGAAGAAGCUAGAAGAUUAGCAGCUUUACAGAAACGAAGAGAACUACGCGCUGCGGGAAUUGAGGUGAACCCCCGUCGUAAGAAAAAAAGGGGGGUGGAUUAUAAUUCGGAAAUACCAUUUGAGAAAAGACCAGCGCCUGGCUUUUAUGACACAUCCACUGAAAUAGUCGAUCCAAUGGCACCAGAUUUUACAAAAAUGCGCCAACAGCAAUUAGAUGGAGAAUUACGUAGCGAGAAAGAAGAGAAAGAAAGACGUAAAGAUAAGCAGAAGUUGAAACAACGAAAAGAGAACGAUAUCCCUUUGGCAAUGUUACAAAAUCAAGAGCCAGCAAAGAAAAGGUCCAAGUUGGUAUUACCUGAUCCACAAAUAUCCGACCAGGAGCUUCAGCAGGUUGUAAAGUUAGGGAAGGCCAGCGAGGUCGCUCGUGAGGUAGCAUUAGAGAGUGGAAUCGAAACAACAGACACUCUCUUGUCGGAUUAUUCGGUUACACCACAAGCUGCAGCAACACCACGGACUCCUGCACCUCAAACAGACCGAAUACUUCAAGAAGCGCAGAAUGUUAUGGCUUUGACACAUGUCGAUACUCCGUUGAAGGGUGGUGUAAAUACACCUUUACAUGAUACCGAUUUUAGUGGGGCACUUCCACAAACGAUGGCUGUCGCAACACCCAAUACAGUUCUUGCUACACCUUUUCGAUCUGCCAGAAGUGAUGGGGGAGCAACACCUGGUAGCGGAUUUGCAACUCCUAAAGGUGGAGCUCUUACUACAGUCGAGCAGCCAGCAAUGGGGAGUUACACUCCUACUCCUAUUCGAGACAAACUGAACAUCAAUCCUGAGCACAGUUUAGAAACUGGUGAUACGCCCGCUGCUCACAACAGUUAUCAAAAAUCUUUAAAAGAGCAAUUAAAGGCAGGCCUUAGCAGUUUACCCACACCAAAGAAUGACUACGAAAUCGUAGUUCCCGAACAAGAAGAAGAUCAGCAAACAAGUGAACACAACCAAUCGGUUGAAGAUCAAGCGGAUGUUGAUGCAAGAGUUUUGGAAAUGCAAAGAAUUCAAGCUCAAAAGGAGUUGGCUUUAAGAUCUCAUGUAAUUCAGAGAAAUUUUCCUAGACCGCAAGAUGUAAAUAUGUCUGUACUACGCCUUCCUCAUGAGUGUUAUUCUUUAACUGAUUUACAAAAAGCCGAAGAAUUAAUUAAACGGGAGAUGGUCACAAUGCUCCACUAUGACAAUGUGAAAGAUCCAGUUGCGGUACCUACCCAAGGGAAACGCCAAACUCUCUCCCAAGCGCAACAAUUGGCCUACUUAGAGCAGCAUCCGUACGAUAACUUUAAUGGUGAGGAAGUGGAGUACGCCAGGAGCUUGCUUGGUAGGGAAAUGGAAGUAGUGCGACGCGGAAUGAAUCACGGAGACCUGUCUCUUGAUGCUUACACUCAAGUGUGGGAAGAAUGUUUAGCUCAAGUCUUAUUUUUACCAAACCAGAACCGGUACACAAGAGCCAAUUUAGCGAGCAAAAAAGAUCGAUUGGAGUCUGCCGAAAAACGGUUAGAACAAAAUCGAACUCACAUGUCUCGUGAAGCGAAACGAGCCGCUAAAAUGGAGAAGAAAUUAAAAAUCCUAACUGGCGGAUAUCAGUCCAGGGCACAGGCCCUCAUCAAACAAUUGCAUGAUAUGUAUGAUCAAAUAGAUCAAGCAAAUUUGGAACUCAGCACUUUCAAUUUUUUGGCUGAACAAGAGAAGGCGGCACUGCCACGUCGAGUACAGUCAUUAACGGAAGAUGUUAAUCGCCAAGUGGAAAGAGAGAAAGUACUACAGACGAAAUAUGGACAGUUACAAGAAGAAGUUUAUAAACAUAAGCAAUAAUAAUUGUAGUUGUAAUGAGUUAAUUAAUUAAUAAAUUAUAAUUGUAUUGUG